GUGAUAGCUGAGACGAGAAAUCACCCUAACCGGACUUUUGGGAAAGUCACAUGCACAGGCAUGGCUUUUACAAUGGCCUUUUUAUUUUCUUUCACUUCAAUCAAAUCUAACCAAAAGCUUCAAUUGCUAUCAGCAAAAGCAGACAAAACUGUUGUGUAUAGAAUAUACUGCAGACUUCUUUGGUUUGCAGCCUCUGGUUUUACCCGCACUCCCUUCCGUUGGGAUACAAAACACACACAGAAAAUGGCGGAAUUUGAGGACGAAGGACUGGCCAAAAAAAUGCAGGAGAACUGAGACGAAGAGGAGCUCAAAGAAGAUAUUGAUGACUCCUAUGCCAAAUAGGAUGCAAGAUGUUGCAAGUUCUGAAGAAACGCUAAUUGAAGAGGUUAGAAGGUACACAAAUGUGUACAACACCUAAUUGAAAGACUAUAAAGACUUCACCAUGACCAACAACAGCUGGAAGGAGAUAUGAUAGCCCAAACUCUGAGAGUAGAAUAACACAUUUGCAGGAAGAAAUAGAGGACACUGAGAGAGACGUUAGACUGAGGAGGAAAAUGAAGGGGAAGAGUGGGGAUGCAGCAUCAGGAAUACAACCACAAAUACUCACCACACUGUCUGGGUUCAUAAAACACAAUGAGACAGAGUCAAACUAUCCAAAGGCAGAGGAGAUGGACAUCCCAGAAGAUCUGCAAGAAGACAACCUGAUCGAGCAGGAACACUUCCCCAGUUCUAAUAAUGAGAAGCAAGAUGGACAUUUGGCAGUUAGGAGGAAUGUAAUAUUAGAACGAACUAAAUUCAACCAAAGACAACAAGAAGCAGGAGAGACAGCUGAUGAUUUUAUCACUGCACUUCAUUGUUUGUCAGAACAUUGCAGUUAUGGAGCUCUGCUUAGUGAGAUGAUAAGAGACAGACUAGUUGCAGGCUUACGUGACAGAAGACUGUCCGAGCAAUUACAAAUGGACCCAGAACUAACACUGGAUAAAGCUGUCACACGCAUUCGUCAAAUUGAACUUGUGGAAAAGCAACAGGACCUGCUGGAGAAUACUUUCAAAACUGCCAGCAGUGCGGCAAAUGUAGACAGUGUGCGCACACAGCAGAGAACAUUCAGAAAAGUUAGAGGGAGCAAAAGACAGCAGAGGAAAGUACAAGCUAGAGAACCAGGAAAGAGAACACCAUCACAUAGCAAAACAAUGCAGGAGAAGGAAGAGGAGCCCCUAGAUACUGAUGACUCUGAUGAGUGGAUCGAGGGUUUCAAUCCUGGAGGAGAGAAGCCACACUACUGCUCCGACUGCAGUAAGAGUUUUAGAAAAGUGAGGGAUCUUAUAAGACACCAGCGAUUACAUACCGGAGAGAAGCCUCAACGCUGCCCUGUUUGGGACAAAAGUUUUGCUCGAUUAGAUAAGCUUAAAUUACACAACAAAAUACAUAUGAAAGAGGAACAUAAUGUCACACAUAACCAUCAAACUGAACUGAAUGUAGACAGUGUGCACACACAGCAGAGAACAGCCAGCAAAGGCAGGCAGAAGAGUAAAAUUCGAACUAGAACACCAGGGGGAAAAAUUGUCCAGUUACAGCCAGGCAAAGACCUGCCUUGCAAAAGUUCAGUUAGAAAGAAUCAACACUCAGAAAAACUGCAACUACCCCAAAAAACGCAGGAGAAUGAAAAGGAUCCUGAAAAUACUUCUGAUGACUGGACCGAGAGUUUCAGUACUGUAGAGAAGCCAUAUGUCUGCUCCGACUGUGGUAAGAGCUUUAAACAAGAGAGUUGUCUUAUAAGACAUCAGCGAACACAUACAGGAGAGAAGCCUUACAACUGCCCUGACUGUGAAAAAAGUUUUGCUCGAUUAGAUAAUCUUAAAUUGCACCAAAAAACACAUAUGAAGGAGGAACGUAAUUUCCGCUGCUCUGACUGUGUGAAAAGCUUUGUCCGAUUGAAGCAGCUUGAAAAACAUCAGCUAACACACAAGAAAAGUUUAGAAAGACACAGGAGAACACAUUUGAGCAAAAGACAAAAGUUUCUCUGCACAAUAUGCGGGAAGGAGUGUCGCAACAUGAAAACACACAUGCGAGUACACACUGGAGAGACACCGUAUCACUGCACUGUGUGUGGGAAGAGUUUUCCAUAUACAAAAUCGUACCAAAGACACAUACUAACACAUAAUACUUCUGGAGAAAGAGCAACCUAUCCUUGUUUGGAAUGCGGAAAGACUUUCACUCGCAGAGAUGGCAUGGUGAGACACGUGAGGAGGGUUCAUACUGGAGAGAGAAAUCACCAGUGCAGAUACUGUGAAAAACGAUUCUUUCGAAAAACAUACACUGAAGAUACACAUUCGUUUGUGUAG